CAGCAUCGUCCCUUCCCUGCCUGCAGCUCCCUCGCAGCCCCACCAUGAGCUACACCAGCGACCUGCUCUACCCACCCUCCUCCUAUAAGAAGAUCUUCGGGGAAACUUCUCGCCUCUCCAGCAGGGUCUACAGCAGCCCGGCACCUCCCCGGGCUGCCGGCUACCGCGCCCACCAUGCCAGGGACUCCUACCCCACCUCCUAUCGCAAGCUGGCCGGGCCCAGCUCCGCGAACCACCUGGAGCUGCUCUCCCAGUCCAGCGCGGUGAGCAACGAGCUGAAAAUCGUGCGCACCAACGAGAAGGAGCAGCUGCAAGGGCUCAACGACCGCUUCGUGACCUACAUCGAGAAGGUGCACCAGCUGGAGCAGCACAACCGGCUGCUGGAGGCCGAGGUCUCCCUGCUGCGCCAGCGCCAGGCGGAGCCCUCCCGCCUGCAGCAGCUCUACGAGCAGGAGAUUCGCGAGUUGCGCUCCAAGGUGGAGGAGCUGCGCCACGAGCGGGACGAGGCGCAGCUGGAGAGCCAGCAGCUGGCGCAGGGGCUGCAGCGCCUGCGGGAGCAGUGCCAGGAGGAGGCGCGCCGGCGGGAGGAGGCCGAGCUGGCCCUGCGCGAGUACAGGAAGGACGUGGACCACGCCACCCUGGCCCGGCUGGAGCUGGAGAAGAAGGUGGAGUCGCUGCUGGACGAGAUCGCCUUCCUCCGGAAGGUGCACGAGGAGGAGGUGGCGGAGCUGCAAGCCUCGCUGCAGGAUGCGCAGGUCUCAGUGGAGGUGGACGUGAGCAAGCCUGACCUCACGGCCGCCUUGAAGGAGAUCCGCAUGCAGUAUGAGGUCCUUUCCGCCCGGAACCAGCAGUCCGCCGAAGAGUGGUACAAAUCCAAAUUCGCCAACUUCACCGAGGAGGCGGCUCGCAGCAGUGACAGCAUCCGCCAGGCCAAGGAGGAGAUCACGGAGUACCGGCGCCAGCUGCAGGCCCGCAACAUCGAGGUCGAGGCUCUGAGGAAUGCCAACGAGUCCCUGGAGAGGCAGCUGCAGGAAGCGGAGGAGAGGAGCAAUGGGGAGAUCCAUAAUCUGCAGGAGACUAUUAACCAGCUUGAAAAUGCUCUAAGGACGACCAAGGGAGAGAUGGCUCGUCACCUCCGAGAGUACCAAGACCUGCUGAAUGUGAAGAUGGCCCUGGAUAUUGAAAUAGCUGCAUACAGGAAAUUACUGGAAGGGGAGGAAACGCGGCUAAGCACCGUCAGCAGCGGGAACACCUUCGGCCUUGGCUACACGUUCUCAUCUAGCCCUUUCUCUGGCGCAAAAGCCUUCUCCGCCAGCACGGUCACUGUCAGGAGGGAGGAGAAGCGAGACCUGCAGGAAAGCAUCAAGGACCCCAGACUUUCAGAGGAGCCGAAGCCUGCCGAGGAAGAUCAGCCCGGAGAAGAAAAGGUCGAAGCCGUCCCAGCCAAGAACUAAACUGGAGUGAAGUCGCUAUGCGCCUCCCCAGGGGGAAAAGGAGUCCCUCACAGGCGAGAGAUUACGUUGUGUUCUAAUGUAGCCAAUUACAGUAACACUGAGCGGCAGCCUGGUCCAGUGGCUAGUGCUCCGGACUGGGACUCAGAGACCUGGGUUCUAGUCCCAGCUCUGCCACUGGCCUGCUGGGUGACCUUGGGCAAGUCACUUCACCUCCCUGCACCUCAGUUUCCUCUCUCACCUUGUCUGUAGAUUGUAAGCUUCUCUGGGCAGGGACUGUCUCUGGCUAUGUGUUUGUACAGCGCCUAGCACAAUGGGGCCUUGAUCUCCGUUGGAUCCUUUGGUGCUAUUAUAAUAAUGCUCGUAGAACAAAGGUAUGUAUGUGUGUCCCCUGCCCUCUCCAGGCUCGACUUCCAGGCCCUCGUCCUGUUCACACUGCACAUGGUGGUAAAACAUUCCAGUGAUUUCAGCGGGGUCAGAAUUGGGCCCCUACAUAACAGUGUCCAGGGCUUCAGAGCCCUGACCCCUCCCUCCCACACCCUGCAGUGCACCGUUAGCUGCUCCAACCCCUAUUCUCUCCAUUGCGGUUUAUAGAGUAGGCUCAGUUGAAUGGGAGGUUGGCUGAUGCAGAACCAAACCUUGGUCCCUGUUAAAGUAAAUAUUGACACUCCCAUAGAUUCUAGGGGACCAUUUUAUUGGCCCAAAGCCUGGCAAACUUGGUCUAGUUGCCUGAAAGGCUUGGGAACCAAAGCCACUAAAUACCCUAUGGAAACUAAGUGAGAAUGAGGAUGUAAAUGGUUUUUUUUGAAAGGCCCCUAGACACACCUAUUAUUCGGCAAUAGCUAGAGCAGUGUUUCCCAAACUGCGGGUCACCGCCCCGAAUGGGGACGGGCCAUCAGCAGAUGGUGUCACGGCGAUCCCUAGUGUUCAGAGGACACCAUUUUGCGCUGCACAGCAUGACCUUGCACGAAUGGUGCGUGCAAGGUCACAAUGCCUGGAGGGCGCCAUUUUGCUCUACAAAAUGGCUACCUCUGCACAGUGAGCCCUCGCAUGCACUAUACGGAUGAGGUCAUGCUGUGCAGAGGAUGCUAUUUGGCUCUUCAAAAUGGCAUCCUCCAUGCUGUCUGGGGUCCCGGGAGGAAAUAAGUCAUUAAAAUGGGGUCGUGCCAGCAAAAAAGUUUGAGAACCCCCGAUCUAGAGCAUGUUCAUAGAUGGUCAGCCAGUUUCUUCCAUUCCCCCUUUCCCUCGUCUUUGUUGGGAGUUAUCUCAGCCCCUCCCUCCUCAUGAGACUCCUUCCACUCUUAUACCUUGCUCUGCCUUUCCUGGGUUGUCUUAGCUAUACCAGCAAACCCUUUCUAGUGUAGAUAAGGCCAUGCAUGACAAGAGGAGAGAUAGAAAAGCUCUGGUUUAGGGCCAGAUUCUGAUGCAUUUACUCACACUGAAUAGCACCUUACUCCAUAAGUGGUCUCAUUGGGGUACUAGAAAGGGUCUCAGUGUAAAUAAGGGUACUAAGAAUCUGGCCCUUCGAGACAGAUUUUCACAAGAGCACACUUGGCGUGUUUGGUGUGGAGCCUUUCUGCCAAUCUGGCCCGGAUUUUGGAAUUUUCAAAUUUAGCCCUUCUUAAUUAACAGUGGAUUUAUAGCUCUCCUUUAAAAAACAGGAUUUGGGGUGUGUAGGGCAGAUUGCAUCAGUAAUAUUUUCUGGGAACGGCAAUCUGAAGACGUGUAACAUCCAAAAUGAUGAAGAUGUUGUGGAAAUUCAGGCGCUGUAAUUAUGAUGCAGAGAGACCGUCUGUAAAUACAGUCUGAUAUCCUUCAGUUAACAUCCAUAUGUUAUUUGUCUGUCUCUCUUCCAAUCCACGAAUGUACCCGGGGGAGGGGAGGAGAAUUGUAUCAUGAAAGUGAAUGUUCUGUAGAAAGAAUUAGCUUGAUAUUCUGAAUGUAGAGCAGACAGCGAUUGGUCGCUGCGGACAUUAGUGUUCUGUUAGAGGGCUUGAGGUAGGCUUAAAACUUUAGUCUAGAGCUGGUCAAAAUGGUUCGAAUUUCAAAACUUUGACAAUUUCAGAAUUUGACAUUUGAAGGGGGAAAUAAUUGGGGAGAAACUUUCUCCCCAUUUUUCAAUCAACUGGAGAUCUGGUCAAAAUGUUGAAUUUCAGAAUGAGAGAAAAAUAUUUCACACAGAUCUUUUGUGAAUGAUUUGACCACGUCAACUUUAGACUGUUACUGAAUGCAGAUCCAUGGCCUAAUCUAGAAUGUGUAUGUAUAGUGGAAUGUAGACUGAUCAUAAGACAAUGGUUAUUGCAAGUGCUCUUUCUUUAAUCGAUACGACAUUUUGGAUCAAGGUAUCAUUUUGCAUGAAGCUACCUUUCAGAUAAUUUGAAUGUGACUUUCCUCUUUUUCCAUUAAAAUAUUCUUUGUUUAUUUGGAAGGCAAAUGAAUAGAAAACCGAACCCCCAAUAAACAGUAUG